GUUUUAACCUCUAACCUAAAUACACAAAUCGUCGUGAGUCGCGACGUGUGAUCGAAAUGACGGUAAUGAGAUAAUCCUUAGUAUAACAAUACUCGUUGUUAUCGCGAUGAUAAGCAACAACGAAAAUGAAUAGCCUAGGUCUGAGCAUAAUUUUUCGAAUGGGUUGCAUUUGCGCCAAAGAAACGAUCACGGUGAACUCGAGGAAGUACAGGGUCCGCGAACAUCUCGGAGAAGGAGGAUUCAGUACUGUACUCUUGGUCGAGGAUGUCAGCACGCACAAAAAAUAUGCCAUUAAGAAGCUCGUUUGUCACGGACCGGAGGAUCAACAGGCGGCGUUGAAGGAGGUAGAAUAUUACAAGCAGAUAAAGCAUCCGAAUGUCAUAAAGUGUAUAGAUUCGUCUUGCGAGGGCAUGGCGGAUCCUAUUGUCAAUACAACCAGUGAGGUGCUGAUCGUCUUACCGUAUUAUCACAGAGGAACCUUAGCGGACGAGCUGGAACAACGAGCGAAGAAAGGAGAUUACAUGAGCCCUGGAGAUAUUCUUCAUAUUUUUCUACAGAUUUGCGAAGGUGUAAAGACAUUUCACGAAGCUAAACCACAACCUCUUGCUCACAGGGAUCUAAAAACCGCGAAUAUAGUACUUAGCGAUGACAGGACUCCUAUUAUCAUGGACUUGGGUUCUGUGGCGCCUGCCAGAGUUCAAGUGUGCGGCACUCAAGCGGCACGGAAUUUGCAGGAUUUGGCUGCUGAAAGAUGCUCCAUGGUUUACAGAGCACCGGAAUUAUUCAAUGUUGAAAGUUAUUGCAUGGUCGAUGAACGAACAGACAUCUGGUCGUUGGGAUGCAUAUUGUACGCAUUGUGUUACUUUAAAUCUCCUUUUGAUAUUGUUCACGAACGUGGUGACAGCGUGGCACUUGCCGUGAUGAGUGCACAUAUAACGUUUCCAGAAAAUGCACCGUACAGCGAGGAUAUGCAGAAUUUAAUUCUGUCAAUACUUAAAGUCAAUCCAAUGGAACGUCCUUACAUAUACAGUGUAAUAGAGAGCAUUCACGAUGCCAUUGCCAAAGUGGAAGGCAGAGUGUAAUAUAUUAAUAUAUUACCGCGUUAAUAUAUUAUACGAUGAUAUUUUGAUAACUGACGCAUAUUGCAUAAGACAAGGAGUCACGUGAAUAAACAGUGAAAAAAAAAUAAUGACGUAUGAUUAAAUUAUGACGAUUUUAAAAAGAAAACAAAUUUAAAUGUCAAAUCCAAAGGUGCACUGUUUUCCUUUGCAUGUUUAACUCGCUGUGUAUUACUAAGCAAAAAGAUGGCUAAAAGUUGGGUUUUAACAAAAUGAAUAUACGAGAGAAAUAAAUGAAUGUUGAUUUGUACACACGUAAUUUUUAAAAAGCAAUACGGCGAUAGGAUCGUUUAUACAUCGUGCGCACAGAGGAAGAGAUUGUUGAUGACUCGAUGAAUUUUUGUUUGAACGAACCAAGUCGAAAAGAGGAUUGGUCAAGAAAAUCCGGAAAUUAAAAUAUUGAAAUAUUGUGUGUUCGUUUAUUCGCGGAGACGCUGAAAACACAUUCUAAAGAUCAAAGUACAUUCCUCAGGCACGUGGAACUAUGAAUAUAUAUUUGUCGCGUGAAAUGAAAGAGAUAAGCAAAAACACAUGUUUAAC